AUGCUUAAUUCCACGUCCCUUCGAGCCCUCGGGCGUGUCGCAUCGAAACCCGCAGCUCGAUCGUUCGUUUCUCAUCAUACUCUCCACCUUCGGAACUCCUGCGGCCGCUCUAUAAGUAGUGCCCUCCGCCCGUCGUCUGUCUCGAAUAAGUGCCAGUUUACCGGAUACAACGUCAGAGGAUUCGCUUCUACCGCAAGAAUGAUGGUUCCUGGAGAUAAAUACUGGGGAGCCCAGACUCAGAGGUCCCUUGGGAACUUUGAUAUUGGACAACCACAGGACCGCAUGCCCACUCCGAUUGUGCGUGCCCUCGGUAUCCUCAAGGGUGCUGCUGCCACUGUGAACAUGAGAUAUGGACUCGACCCUGUUAUUGGCAAGGCGAUCCAGCAGGCCGCUGCUGAGGUUGCGGACCUCAAACUGGUCGACCACUUCCCUCUCGUUGUCUGGCAGACCGGCUCUGGCACCCAGUCCAACAUGAACGCCAACGAGGUUAUUUCCAACCGUGCCAUUGAGAUCCUGGGAGGAACCAUGGGCAGCAAGAAACCCGUCCACCCAAAUGACCACGUCAACAUGUCCGCCUCAUCCAACGACACCUUCCCUACCGUCAUGCACAUUGCUGCCGUUCUGGAGCUCGAGGACUCCCUCCUACCAGCCUUGACCAGCCUCAGGGACGCCCUGCAGAAGAAAGUAGACCAAUUCAACGACAUCAUCAAGAUUGGCAGAACCCACUUGCAGGAUGCCACUCCCCUCACUCUCGGCCAGGAGUUCUCCGGCUAUGUAUCUCAGCUCCAGCGCAACAUUACUCGCGUUGAGAAUUCCCUGCCUGAUCUCCGAUUGCUUGCUCAGGGAGGUACCGCCGUCGGUACCGGUCUCAACACCUUCAAGGGCUUCGAUGAAGCCAUUGCCGAGGAGGUCAGCAAGAUGACCGGCAAGCAGUUCAAGACCUCGCCAAAUAAGUUCGAGGUCCUUGCUGCUCACGACGCUGUUGUUGAAGCUUCAGGCGCACUCAACACCCUCGCCGCCUCUCUCUUCAAGAUUGCCCAGGAUAUUCGCUUCCUCGGUUCUGGUCCUCGCUGCGGUCUUGGUGAGCUCCAGCUCCCCGAGAACGAACCCGGUUCCUCCAUCAUGCCUGGAAAGGUUAAUCCUACCCAGUGCGAGUCUCUCACCAUGAUCUGCGCCCAGGUUAUGGGCAACCAUGUCGCCACCACCGUUUCCGGAAUGAACGGUAACUUUGAGCUCAAUGUGUUCAAGCCAGUCAUGAUCCGCAACCUGCUUCAUAGCGUUCGCAUCUUGAGUGACGGAAUGAAGUCGUUCGAGAAGAACCUCGUGGUUGGCCUCGAGGCCGACCGCAAGAGAAUUGACGCUCUUUUGCACGAGAGUCUCAUGCUUGUCACCUGCCUAAACCCCGUUAUUGGUUACGAUAUGGCGUCCAAGGUUGCCAAGAAUGCCCAUAAGAAGGGUCUUACCCUGAAGCAGAGUGCCAUGGAACUCAAGGCUCUCAGCGAGGAAGACUUUGACAAGCACGUUCGACCGGAACUGAUGAUUAGCCCCAAGGAUCGCAAGUAA